AUGACAGUGAACAUAGCCGGCGGGCAACAUUCUGCCAGGGCCUCUCGUGAACAUUACCCAGGAUUCGUUUCGACCACUUUCUCAGAACGCAUCCCGCCCCUACAGGUGCAGCUUGAAACACCAUAUUCGUCAUACGUUGGAGAACCUCCCCCACCAUAUCCAGGUAAUGACAGAGGAUAUAAUGUUGCAAAUUACGGCUUUGCAAUUACCCGCAAUGACAAUGGCAUCGACAAUGAUGGUAAUGAUAUCGGCAUUGAUGCCAACGGCAUUGAUAUUACUUACAAUCCCUUUGAGGAUAAUGUCAGCGGCACUGAGAAUAAUGCCAAUAACACUGACUAUGACGGCAAUAACAUCAACAGUCUUGGCGUUGGGCACCAUAAUGACGGCAAUGACGUCGAGAACGCUUGCACCCGCAGUGGCGACAGCAUCGAAAAUAAUUACGGCAAUAACCCCACUGAAAAUGAAGGCAACGGUAUCGGUAAUGAUGCAAAUGGGAGUAACACUGCUUGCAAUAGCGAUGCCAGUGAUUGCAAUAGUAUUGACACAGGUGGCAGAGACAUCUGCGCUGUUUCGAUCGAUGUUAAUGGCGUCAGGAAUGAAACCAGUGAUAUUGACAUUUCAUACACCAGCGUUGGCAAUAAUGCAACUGAUUGCAGUGUCCUCGAGAUCGGCGGCAGUGAAAUAGACAAUGGUACUAACGGUAUUAGAAAUGAUACCAGUGAUAUUGACUUACCAAGUACAAGCGUUGACAAUGUAACCGACUGCAGUGGUCUUGGAAUCAGCGGGGGUGAUGCUGUGAAAUUGCUUGCAACUUCAACACUGACAAUUGCGGAACCAGCAUCAACAUUGGUGAUCGCCAGUGCCAUCGAUAUUGACAAUAAUGACAUCUUGCAGUGA